GGGUCUCAAAGAAAGAAUUACGCGCGCGCUCUCUCCCUACGUUUCCCCAAAUUUUCGCUCUACCUGAAGUUUGUUUCUUCUCCUUCUUCCCCUCCUCCUCCUUGCUUACAAUACCAUAAUCAUCCAUGGAGAUUUCUCCUAUAUUUGUGGAAUUCCAUCCCAUUUCUUCCUCUUCUUUUUCUCCUUCGUGCUGUUUUUGUUGCCGACUAUGGCAGGCGAAAUUUCGCGGUGGUUCGAUGCAUUGCAGGAGUUUUUGUUCCGCGCCAGCGAGGCUUGUACUACGCCGACCGCCUUGUUUGUGCAGAUUCAGGGAUUCGUAAUUUGCUUACUUCUUGGUAUUGGAUGGGCUUUGGCUGCUUAUGUUAGGGGUAAAGAGAUCAAACGUAUAAAGCAAAGCAUGAAAGGGGGAAAUCACUUUGCUUUUCUUAGUUAUGAUAUUAAUAGCCUGGAGCACUCCAGUCAGGUCAGUUUGCCGAGGGUAACAGUUGUGAUGCCUUUGAAAGGCUUUGGGGAACAUAAUCUCUUGAACUGGAGAACUCAGAUCACAUCAUUAUAUGGUGGUCCAAUGGAAUUUCUUUUUGUGGUAGAGAGUACAGAAGAUCCUGCUUACCCAGCUGUUAAGUGUUUAUUGGAUGAUUAUAAGGAUGAAGUAGAUGCCAAAAUCAUGGUAGCUGGUCUAUCAACAACAUGUAGUCAGAAGAUUCACAAUCAACUGUAUGGGGUAGAACAAAUGCAUAAAGAUAGCAAGUAUGUGUUAUUUCUCGACGAUGAUGUCAGGCUGCAUCCGGGAACGAUAGGAGCGCUCACAGCAGAAAUGGAGAAGAACCCAGAGAUAUUUAUUCAAACUGGAUACCCAUUGGAUUUGCCAUCUGGAAGUUUAGGAAGUUACUGCAUAUAUGAAUAUCACAUGCCUUGUUCGAUGGGGUUCGCUACUGGUGGAAGAACGUUCUUCUUGUGGGGAGGAUGUAUGAUGAUGCAUGCCGACGAUUUUAGAAAUGAUCGGCAUGGUGUUUUCUCAGAACUUCAAUACGGCGGAUAUUCGGAUGACAUGACUCUUGCAGCUAUAGCUGGGGCUCAUAAGAGACUCAUCACAUCGCCACCUGUGGCUGUUUUCCCCCACCCUCUCGCAACCAGCCUGACUUUCGCCAGGUAUUGGAAUUAUUUGAGGAAGCAAACGUUCGUGUUAGAAUCAUACACGACGAGAGUCAAUCAGGUGAUGAACAGAGCACUGUUCUUCGUCCACUGCUACUUAUCAUGGGGGUUCGUAGCGCCGUAUUUCAUGUCUGUAAUACAUGUAGCUGCGGCACUAUCAUCUUACUACAAGGGAUAUAGAUACGGCGAAGCAGGUUUUCCGAGCACUGGUCUAGUUUUGUCCAUUUGCCUGACUCUAUGUACGAUCAUCGAACUCUUGUCCAUGUGGAACUUGACGAGAGUAGAGGUCCAUUUAUGUAAUUUACUAUCGCCCGAGGCGCCUCCUCUAUCACUCGCUACAUACAACUGGUUUCUCGUGUUUAUGGCAAUGUUGGUCGACAACUCUUUGUAUACCAUUUGCGCGGUUCGCUCACAUUUCUCGCAAUCCAUCAACUGGUCGGGCAUUCUAUACCAUUUGAAGGACGGGAAGAUAAGCAAGAUCGAAAGAAGCAAGGAUAAGGUACCUGAGUACACGGAUCUAGGUGGAAAGUCUUUACGUACAAAAAUAUCUAGAAUAUCAAGCUAUAAUUUUCUCCGAAGCUUAUCCUUGGGGGGAAUGCGACAGUCCAAGGAACACACGUCGUAGAAGUUCAGUACAUAAAAAAUGAUCUUAGACUCUAGACUCUUAUUCUUUCUUCUUCCUUUUUUUUCAUCUACAAUAUCUUAAGGGAAGGUUAUAAAUGCAGAUUCAUAUAGACUUUUAGAUUGCUUUCGCAGAUGUAAAGUGUUGUUCAUUCGAUUAUUCUUCAACCUGUAUUUACUGUAGCUUACCAGGCUGUUGUAACAUUGCUUUGUAUUCUUAUAUACACAUAUAUAUAUAUGUUUCGAGGUUAUUGUUCAUUCGAAUUCUCUAGUGUAAAUUUGAAUAUUGU